AAACAAUGUGAAAAAUGCGUUUGUUUUGGUCCCAAAACAAGGAGCAGUGACGUUUACUUAAUAAUAUCCAGUCCAAUUCUAUUCAGUUUAGUUAUAAACUAAACUUGGAAUGAUGAUAAACGUUAAUCAAAAUCUUCAAUCGAAUACUAACCAAUAUCUAAUAGCUUGAAUUGCCUUAAAAGUUUAUCGUUUCAAUCGAUAUUUAUGAGUGUCGCGAAUUCAGUGAUUGAUAAAAUAUAUUUUUAUUGGAAAUAUUAAAAUGUUGAAAAAUUACAACCUUCGUAACCGCUUUAAUGAAGAUAAAUCGAGCGUAAAAUAUGCAGAUAAUAAAUAUGAAAAACACAAAUUCCAUCGACCCAUGCCGUACGUGCAUUUCCUAGGCUUGCUAAGUUUGAUCGUCAUUGUAUUUUCCUUAGUUAUAUUUAUUGAAAAACAACUACCCGUCGGCCUCAGGAUACAAGACGAGCGACAAAAUCCAGACAGUUUUAUAGCCGAAAGGGCGUACAACUGGCUAAAGACUUUAACAGAGAUCGGUCCUCGGCCUGCCGGCAGUUACGAGAACGAAAUCCUCGCCGUUAAUUUACUAAAAUCCGCCAUAGAAAACAUAAUCGGCGAAGCGAACGAAAACCACUUGAUCGAAUUGGACGUUCAAAAGGUAUCGGGCGCCUUCAAUCUGAAAUUUCUCGACGGCAUGACGAACGUGUACAGGGAUUUGCAGAACGUCGUCGUGAAACUCGGUUCGAAGAAACGAUCCCCACACAGUUUGCUGAUCAAUUGCCACUUCGAUUCGGUCGUCGAUAGUCCAGGGGCUAGCGACGACGGAGCCAGCUGUGCUGUGAUGCUCGAAAUCUUAAGGGUUUUAUCGAAAUCCAACAAACUGUUAAGGCAUAAUAUCAUAUUUUUGUUCAAUGGCGGCGAGGAAAAUUUCUUGCCAGCCUCACACGGGUUCAUCACUCAACAUAAAUGGGCCAAAGAGAUUAGAGCGUUUAUAAACUUGGAGGCUUGUGGUGCUGGUGGUCGAGAGGUCCUUUUUCAAGCAGGACCCAACCACCCUUGGAUAUUAGAAACUUAUUCUGAACAGGUUCCUUACCCUUACGCCUCGUCUCUGGCCCAGGAAAUUUUCCAAAGCGGCAUUAUACCAGGAGAUACUGAUUACAGGAUAUUCAGGGAUUUCGGCAACAUAUCAGGUUUGGAUUUCGCUUGGUCAGCAAACGGUUACGUCUAUCAUACGAAGUACGAUUCCGUGGAACACGUACCGUUGGGAUCCCUUCAACGUACGGGCGAUAACAUCCUAGCCCUGGCGAAGGGCAUGGCUCAAGGACACCAAUUGUCCAAUAUCGAGGAAUACAGGGCGGGGAAUUUGGUGUUUUUCGAUUUCCUCGGGGCGUUCGUAGUCAGAUGGCCGAUGGCCGUUUCGGACGUCAUCAACAUAUCUUCAGUGAUUUUAUCGCUGUAUAGCAUAUGCAGGAAUUAUCGUUCUGCUAAAGUUACAGACAGUUUGAGUGGAAAAACGUACAUCAAGAAAUCCAUGGGUUGUAUGAUGGUGGUAUUCUUAUCAUGGGUUAUGUCCGUCGUAUCGACUUUAUUGAUAGCAGGUUUGAUAAACUGCUUGGGACGCACGAUGAGCUGGUACGCCCGUCCAUUGUGGAUCUUUUUUCUCUACGUUAUACCCACUCUAGUUGUAUCGAUGGCGACGGUGUUGUUGCAUUCCAGAAUGUACAACAAGGAUUUGGAAACAUCUCCUUGGACGCUCUUUCAACUCUAUUACGACGCAUAUCAAUUGAUUUGGACGGUAGUAUUAACGUUGGGCGUGCUAGUUAGAUUGAGAUCCAGUUUUAUAGCUUUGCUGUGGGUCCUAUCGGCUGCCGUUGGAAACGUUCUGAAAUCCGCGCUAUUCACCAAAUGGAGAGACGUAAAAUGGUUGUUGUUGCACAUAUCAGUGUUCGGAUUGCCGUUCGUGCAAUGCUUUUAUCUGAGCCUGGGCGCUUUGUAUCUAUUCGUGCCGAUCAUGGGCAGGGCGGGUUCGGGCAGCCACGCCGAAUUCCUGGUGUCCGUGUUGGUGACGUCGAUUUUCGCGACGCUCUUCAGCUUCGUGGCGCCGCUGGCGUUGCUAGUGAAGGGCAUCGAACGGAUCUUCAGCCUGCUAACCGGGCUGUUUUUCCUGUCGUUGGCGUUGCUAAUUUUGACGCCAAUGGGAUUCCCCUAUUCCGGCGAACCGGGAGCUUUGGCUCCCCAGAGAUUUAUGAUAGCGCAUACCCAUAGAACAUUCCACGACAUCUCUGGAAAAAUAAGCUCGGAAUCGUCAGGUUACUGGAUAGCCGACAUGGAUAUAAACAGUCCCCACACGGUUGAUAGAUACGUUCCUGACAUGAAAAACGCUCAAUUAGUUACCAAAGACUGCCAAGAUUACCUCUAUUGCGGAUUGCCAUAUUUAGUGCCCGUAUUGACGAUGAUUUGGAAGACCCAUUGGUUGCCCGCCGGGAAGCCCCCGCUCGAAAUUCCCGUCGUUACGGAAAUCUUGAAUCGGACGAAGACCAACGGCAGAGAACGUUUGGAGUUUAAAAUCCAAGGUCCGAGCCAUAUGGGUGUGAUGAUUUCUCCCGCUCUCGGAGUCGAAUUCGAUAGUUGGAGUCUACCCACAGACGGGCCUGUGGAGGGGCCACUGUGGAACGGUCGAAAGACUUACUUUAUUUAUUACUCCUACGGAAUAGAAAAUAAACCUUUCGUUUUUUCUAUUAUGUUUAAGGUUCCUAAGAAUCACUCGGGCCCCACGAUAGACCUAGCAGUGACGUCUCACCAUCUUUUCGGAUCCGGUAAGGUUACGAAGGAAUUGGGGAAAUUGGUGAGCCAAUUUCCAUCGUGGACGGCAGUGACGCAUUGGACUGCGUCUUACGAAUCGUGGAUAAUUUAGAAGUGAUUUUUUUUCGUACCUACAAUUCUAAUAUUCCGCCGCUCUUUUACUUUCGCGCAAAAAGUAUUAUCGAAUUUUAUUUAGAAGUUUAAUUAGGUUGUUUACCAAAUUACUUUAUAUUCUAUGUAAUUUAUUUUUUAAUACUUCUAUUUAUUUGUUGAUUUCCAAAUAUUACUUUACCAAAUUUAUAUUUAGAUUAGAAAAAUUUAGAGUAUUUGUUUUAGGUUUUUGUACUUUGCGAAUUUUCCAAUAUUGAAAAAUUUAUUUAUUUUACCAAUUUUUAUUGGUAAAUGAAUUACCGAAAUGAGGUUUGUUUGUGACAUUAAAAGAUGAUUUUUUUUGUUCCUUUAUAAGGGACAUAAUUGGAAUAAUAUAUUGAGCUGAGCAAUUCCUGGCAUAUUUAUUAGAAUAUUAUAAUUUUGAUUACUAAUUUUAUGCGAUAUUUGCUUCUUUGUUAGCGUCAAAAACAAAAGUCCCAAUAAUUACAAAUUCAAUAAAUAUACAAUUUUAUGAAAGUCUGGAAUGUUUUCUUCCAUUUUCUGAGGCUCUAAAAUAUGCCUAAAAAUUGCUAAAACCGCCUACUUAAAUUUAGUACCAGUUCAAUACAGUUUGUCUAGUCCAGUUUGUAAUUAAUUACAGCAUUGAUACUAAAUGUUUGUUCUUAGUGAAUAAUUUCCUGUAAAAGGUGUUUCAUUGGUAAAUGAAACACCGUGUACAGUUUGUAAAUUAUUACUUUAUUUAAAUAAGUUUUUGCUAAGAUAUAAUUGUAAUUCAUCCUCGAGUACAUCGGUGAUGAUAAAAGUAUCGUUAAUAAGAUAAAACUAGUUUUUUAGUUUCUAAAACGACAAACUUUAUUGAAAAUUAUCUAGUAAUUAUCAUAGGAAUUGAGUAGACAAAAUGCCAUUUUAAAAUUUCAUAUUAGUGUUAUUUGUUGUGCCUUAGGGAUGACAUUAGUACAAUUUUAUAUCAUUUUUAAAGUUAAAAACAGCAUGUAGUAUAUAGAUCAGAUAGUGAAAACUUGUUGAAUAAUUAAUUAUAGUCCAAUUUAUACCAUAGUGAUUAUUCGCCCUUAUGUAUCUUUUAUGUUACUGUAACCUGCUGGUUAUUUUGAAUAAUGAAAAAAUAGACGUUAUAAAUAACCUACCGGUUAUAGUAACAUACCUCAUCAUAUAUAAGGAUGAUUGUAAAAAUUCUGACUGAAUCAUGAUUACUCUACUUUCUUUAAAAUUUCUUGUAAUAGACAUUAUUUACAGCAAUUCAAACUUAAAUCACUUCUCUUUCGGCUUAUUUUUAGAGAAUUUUCAUUUUUUGUUCCAAAGUAAAGAGUAGCUUCAAAAUAAGUUCACCUUUUAAUCUUACCAUCUAUGCAAGGUGAUUCAUCUAAGACUUGUGGAGCUUUCAUGGAUUUCCCUGUAUAGAAAUAUUUCAAAAUACGCUUGAGCUACCUUUGAAAAAAGUAGAAUAAUAAUAAUUAAUUGCAUAACAAUGCAUGCGUAUAUACUACAUUUUAGCAAAAAGUGAUAUUAUAAAACACCAAAUUUUUAUACUAUUGUACUUGCAAACUUUUGAUCACUGCACACCGGUAUUGUUAGCUACAUAAAUAAUGAAUAAGUUUGUUACAAAAAUUAAAAAGGUUUUAUUUAAAAUACUAGUUUUGUUCCAUCUACUACCUGAUUGGG